CCGGCAGCUAGGGCUCCAGUCGAAGCUCCGCUCCACGCCCGCCCGUCGCUCCCUAGGCUCCACUUUCACUUUCGGUCCGGGGCGGCGAGGCUAGCGGCGGUGGCGGCGGCGGCGCGAGGGUGAGCCCGGCCCCAGAUCCCCAGUUUGAGCAAGAAGAUGGUAUUUCCGUCCCUCAAAUGGUCCCUUGCAACAAUGUCAUUUCUGCUUUUUUCACUGUUGGCUCUCUUAACUGUGUCCACUCCUUCAUGGUGUCAGAGCAGUGAAGCAUCUCCAAAAGGUAGUAAUGGGACACUAUUUCCUUGGAAUAAAAUCCGACUUCCUGAGUACAUCAUCCCAGUUCAUUAUGAUCUCCUGAUCCAUGCAAACCUCACCAAGUCGACCUUCUGGGGAACCACGGAAGUAGAAAUCACAGCCAGUCAGCCCACCAGCACCAUCAUUCUGCAUAGUCACCACCUACAGAUAUCUACGGCCACCCUCAGGAAGGGAGCUGGAGAGAGGCUGUCAGAAGAACCGCUGCAGGUCCUGGAACAUCACGCUCAGGAGCAAAUUGCGCUGCUGGCUCCUGAGCCCCUCCUUCCAGGGCUCCUAUACACGGUUGUCAUUCACUAUGCUGGCAAUCUUUCAGAGACUCUCCACGGAUUUUACAAAAGCACCUACAGAACCAAGGAAGGGGAACUGAGGAUACUUGCAUCAACACAAUUUGAACCCACUGCAGCUAGAAUGGCCUUUCCCUGCUUUGAUGAACCUGCCUUCAAAGCAAGUUUCUCAAUCAAAAUUAGAAGAGAGCCAAGGCAUCUAGCCAUCUCCAAUAUGCCAUUGGUGAAAUCUGUGACUAUUGCUGAAGGACUCAUAGAAGACCAUUUUGAUGUCACUGUGAAGAUGAGCACCUAUCUGGUGGCCUUCAUUAUUUCAGAUUUUGCAUCUGUCAGCAAGAUGACCAAAAGUGGAGUCAAGGUUUCUGUAUAUGCUGUGCCAGACAAGAUAAAUCAAGCAGAUUAUGCACUGGAUGCUGCAGUGACUCUUCUAGAAUUUUAUGAGGAUUAUUUCAGCAUACCAUAUCCCCUACCCAAACAAGAUCUUGCUGCUAUUCCCGACUUUCAGUCUGGUGCUAUGGAAAACUGGGGACUGACAACAUAUAGAGAAUCUGCUCUGUUGUUUGAUGCAGAAAAGUCUUCUGCAUCAAGUAAGCUUCACAUCACAAUGUUUGUGGCCCAUGAACUGGCUCACCAGUGGUUUGGGAACCUGGUCACUAUGGAAUGGUGGAAUGACCUUUGGCUAAAUGAGGGGUUUGCCAAAUUUAUGGAGUUUGUGUCUGUCAGCGUGACCCAUCCUGAACUGAAAGUUAAAGAUUAUUUCUUUGGCAAAUGUUUCAGUGCGAUGGAGGUAGAUGCUUUAAAUUCCUCACACCCUGUGUCUACAGCUGUGGAGAAUCCUGCUCAGAUCCGGGAGAUGUUUGAUGAUGUUUCUUAUGAUAAGGGAGCUUGUAUUCUGAAUAUGCUAAGGGAGUAUCUUAGUGCUGAUGCAUUUAGAAUUGGCAUUGUACAGUAUCUCCAGAAGCAUAGCUAUAAAAAUACAAAAAACGAGGACCUGUGGGAUAGUAUGGCAAGUAUUUGCCCUACAUAUGGCAUACAAGAGAUGGAUGGCUUUUGCCCUAGAAGUCAGCAUUCAUCUUCAUCCUCACACUGGCAUCAGGAAGGCCUGGAUGUGAAAAGCAUGAUGAACACUUGGACACUGCAGAAGGGUUUCCCCCUGAUAACCAUCACAGUGAGCGGGAGGAACGUGCACAUGAAGCAAGAGCACUACCUGAAGGGAUCUGACGGCACCCCAGACACUGGGUACCUGUGGCAUGUUCCAUUGACAUUCAUCACUAGCAAAUCAGACACGGUCCAUCGAUUUUUGUUGAAAACAAAAACAGAUGUGCUCAUCCUCCCAGAAGAGGUGGAAUGGAUCAAAUUUAAUGUAGGCAUGAGUGGCUACUACAUCGUACAUUACGAGAAUGACGGAUGGGACUCUUUGACUGGCCUUUUAAAAGCAACACACACAGCACUCAGCAGUAAUGACCGGGCGAGUCUCAUUAACAAUGCAUUUCAGCUUGUCAGCAUUGGGAAGCUGUCCAUUGAAAAGGCCUUGGAUUUAUCCCUGUACUUGAAACAUGAAACUGAAAUUAUGCCCGUGUUUCAAGGGUUGAAUGAGCUGAUUCCUAUGUAUAAGUUAAUGGAGAAAAGAGAUAUGAAUGAAGUGGAAACUCAAUUCAAGGGCUUCCUCAUAAGGCUGCUACGGGACCUCAUUGAUAAGCAGACAUGGACAGACGAGGGCUCAGUCUCAGAGCGAAUGCUGCGGAGUCAGCUACUCCUCCUCGCCUGUGUGCGCAAGUAUCAGCCGUGCGUACGCAGGGCAGAAGACUAUUUCAGAAAGUGGAAGGAAUCCAAUGGAAACUUGAGUCUGCCUGUCGACGUGACCUUGGCAGUGUUUGCUGUGGGGGCCCAGAGCACAGAAGGCUGGGAUUUUCUUUAUAGUAAAUAUCAGUCUUCUUUGUCUAGUACUGAGAAAAACCAAAUUGAAUUUGCCCUCUGCAUAACCCAAAAUAAGGAAAAGCUUCAAUGGAUACUAGAUGAAAGCUUUAAGGGUGAUAAAAUAAAAACUCAGGAGUUUCCAGGCAUUCUAACAUUAAUUGGCAGGAACCCAGUUGGAUACCCAUUGGCCUGGCAAUUUCUGAGGGAAAACUGGAACAAACUUGUACAAAAAUUUGAACUUGGCUCACCUUCCAUAGCCCACAUGGUAAUGGGUACAACAAAUCAAUUCUCCACAAGAACACGGCUUGAAGAGGUAAAAGGAUUCUUCAGCUCUUUGAAAGAAAACGGUUCUCAGCUCCGUUGUGUCCAACAGACAAUUGAAACCAUUGAAGAAAAUAUCCGUUGGAUGGAUAAGAAUUUUGAUAAAAUCAGAGUAUGGCUGCAGAGUGAAAAGCUAGAAUUUCUGUAAGAAUUCCUCCUUUGGCCAGGUGCAGUGGUUCAUGCCUGUAAUGUCAGUACUUUGGGAGGCCAAGGUGGGUGGAUCACAAAGUCAGGAGUUCAAGACCAGCCUGGCCAAGAUGGUAAAACCCCUUUCUCUCCUAAAAAUACAAAAAUUAGCCAAGAUGGUAAAAUCCUGUCUCUACUAAAAAUACAAAAAUUAGCCAAGAUGCUAAAGCCCUGUCUCUACUAAAAAUACAAAAAUUAGCCAGGCGUGGUGGUGGGUGCCUGUAAUCACAGCUACUGAGGAGGCUGAAGCAGAGAAUUGCUUGAACCCUGGAGGUGGAGGUUACAGUGAGCUGAGGUUGCCCCACUGCACUCUAGCCUGGGCAACAGAGCAAGACUCCAUCUCAGAAAAAAAAAAAAAAAACCCAAAACCAACAAUUCUCCCCUGCCAGAUUCCUGCUAUCUUUAAUCACCAACAUUUUGUUGAGUGUAUUUUCAAACUAGAGAUGGCUGUUUUGGCUCCCCCCUACUCAUUUUUUGACUAUUUCUGUGAAAAGAUUGGCUGUUAGUUUUUCAUGAAUGGGCUAUCGCUACCAUGUGUUUCAUUCAUCACAGGUGUUGCCCUGCAAUGUAAACCCAAGUGGUGAGUUCCCUGCCACAGAGAAAUAAGUACCAUAUUCUUCUCAUUUUAUAUUUUAUGUUUAAACCUCUCAGUGUCCAAAACCCUGUGCCCCAUGCUUGUCACUCAUAAACUUUCAUCAGUCUCCUCGAAAGACUCUGAAUAGUCGACUACUGAACAAUGAACACCUGGAUCCGAGACUAAGCCAGAUGAUGGCUGGGUUAAAGCUCUCCCCAUGGACCCUGCCAGACCCCCUGCCCACCCUUCUCUUCCUUGCUCCAUGCCCAGGAGGCCAAGUCAUCAAGCUUUCUUGCCCUUUGGAUGUUGGUCAAUGGGGAGUCGGAGAGCUGGGGCUGGGGUUGGGGGAGGGAGUAGGUAGAGGUGCUCCUCGCUGAUUCCCCUACGGAUGCCUUGGGCUGGCCUCCCCUGAGGGUCUUUACUCCUGAGACGGGACCCUCAUUUCCACACAGCCUUCUCCACCUCUGGAUUUUGGCAACUGCUCCCUCCUCAUCCCUUCAGGAUUAGGGGCCUCACUGGGAGCCUGGCUUUUACUAGUCCUGGCGGGACUAGUGCUGGCAAACUUAGUAAAAAAUAUUUUUAUAGAACGUUCCUCAUAAUUCUGGGUGUCAUCUAUUCCCCUGACUGAUGUAGUAUCUCUUCUGAAAAGGCAGAGCAUAUUCAAGCCUGUAGGAAAAUCCUUUUAGGGAGGUGAUUUUCCUCUCUCUCUGCUUCUUAUUUGGCCUAGUUCACAAUUUCUAAGUAACUAGUUAUUGGCAUUUACUGACAGUAAAUUAUCACAGAGUCACCAAUAAAUGAUACUACAUUGUGAAACAAAAUAUUUGUUCCUAUUAGCCUGAGGACACUCUUUGGCUUUGAAGUCUUUUGUGAAGACUUUACAAACAGUUGCUGCUCGGGUUUUAUGUAAGAUAAUAGAAAGCACAGUUUACUAAUAUGGUAAACCAACGGAGUUCAAGUCAGACAAUGCCCUAAGAAUUAGAUUUUGCUUCUUAUUCUCGAAACUUGCUACACAGGGACUUAUCUAACCUGCAUUGUGCUUUGUCGCUGACUGGAUUAACGUCACAGUGUAUUUCGCGCUAACUAUAAGGUGCGGAAGUCUUCACACCUGGCAAAGAAGAGUUCAAACUGAACUUUUCAAAGGUCAAAAAUUUCAAGACAAAGGAGUAUGAUUGAUAUGAAAAAUGUCAAAAUGUGUUCCUCUAAUACACGAUGGAACAGAGUGACUUCUGGACAUCAAUCUCCAAUUUAUUAAACCAUUCACCACAACAAAUAGGUAUAAAAAUGGAAUUGGAAUUUUUAUACAUAUUUGUUGUGGUGAAUAGUUUAAUAAAAACAGAAAUUACUGGUAAAUUCUACCCCAUGCUAUUUCCCUUAAAAAAAUACACAACCAAGAUUUUAAUGUAAACUAUUUUGCUUUAAUUGUAUUUUAUGUCUUGAUUAAUGAAACAUGGAAAUACUGAUUUUCAGUUCUGGUCACCUGAGGAACUUCAUUUGCUUUUGGAAAAGCUCAUUUUCUAAACAGAUACAAUAUUGCCACAACAAUGUGCAGAAACCUUUUUGGUAAUAAAAAUUGUUCUUUGCCUCUAA